GUUGUGAGUGAGGCAGAGACAACAAGCCAGAUCCGGGCUGUGUGCAUGUCAGGGAGAGCAGGUGAGAAGCCGCUGAUCGAUGCGGCAGGAGUGAUGUAUAAGGAGAUCGGCAGGGAGGGGAGGUGGUAUGAUGACAAAGGAGGAAGCACACAUCUCUCGGCUAGUACGAUGAGGGAAAGUAAGGAUCGUACGGAGGCGGACUGAGGUGCCAUCGCUGGCCACCUGAACACAGCCUGUGACAGCCCUUCCUCCGCCGCCGUAUGAUCACAAUAGAGCUGUGCGGGCUCCGAUCAUCAGGGAACACUCCCCUGUCCUCUCCGAUGGUAAUGGGAACCGUGCCGGGCUGUGCUCUCACCAUGGUGUCCCCUGUGCAGGCAUGAAGCGGCUGUGACACGGGCGGACAGGAUGUGGCUGAAGCCUGAGGAGGUUCUGCUGAAGAACGCGCUGCGGCUGUGGGUCACCCACAAGUCCAACCAGUACUUCAUCCUACAGCGCCGCCGAGGACAUGGGGACAGCGCGGCCAAGUUCACCGGUCGUCUGGUGGGUGCCCUAGAUGCUGUGUUGGAUUCAAGUGCCCGAGUUGCCCCAUUCAGGAUAUUGCUUCAGGUCCCUGGAUGUCAAGUUUACUCGAGCAUUGCUUGUGGUGAGUCAGAGAUGUACUGGGCCCUAGCAAUUGGGGCCACAAUGGAGGAGAUCACAAAGCACUGGGACUGGCUGGAACAGAACUUGCUUCACACUUUGUCAGUGUUUGACAACAAAGAUGACAUAGCAAAUUUUGUCAAGGGAAAAGUAAAGGGUCUCAUUGCCGAGGAAGCUAGCAGUAGGGUGGCUGAACAGGAGGAAGAUCCUGAAAAGUUCCGUGAGGGUUUGGUGAGGUUUGAGAGCAGAUUCAACUUUCCAGAGGCAGAGAAGCUGGUGACCUUUUAUUCAUGCUGCUGUUGGAAAGGCCGAGUGCCACGCCAGGGCUGGCUGUACCUAAGCAUCAACCACAUAUGUUUCUACUCCUUCUUUCUGGGAAAAGAAUUGAAAAUGGUGAUCCCUUGGGUUGAGGUCCAGAAACUUGAAAGGACAUCCAAUGUUUUAAUGGCAGACAUCAUUGUGGUCCAUGCACGAGGAAAGGAGCGAGAGUUUUCCAUGUUCUUUGAUAUCAGUGAAGUAUUCAAAAUAAUGGAGCAGCUUGCCGAUGUGACGGUCAGAAGACUGUUGGAUAAUGAAGUAUUUGAACUGGACCCAAAUUUGCAACAGUCCACACAAAUAACAAAGAGGGAUCUUGAAGCAAGAGCACAAAAAGAGUUUUUUCGGGCCUUGUUCAAACUGCCAAGAAAAGAGAAGCUAUAUGAUGUUGUGGAGUGUUCGCUUUGGACUCCCUUUAGCCGAUGCCAUACCCCAGGCAGGAUAUAUGCUUCUGACAGCUACCUCUGCUUUGCCAGCAAAGAAGAUGGAUUAUGUAAUGUUAUUAUUCCUUUGAAGGAGGUAGUGAGCGUGGAGAAGAUGGAGGACACCAGCCUUCUGCCUAAUCCCAUUAUUAUCAGCAUAAGGCAACAGAUGGCUUUCCAGUUUAUUGAGCUGAAAGACCGUGAGAGUCUGGUUAAUGGUUUACUCCUCAGGCUUGAACAGGUCAACUCCAACACAGUGUCCACGAAAAACAGAGAUAUGGUUUUCAGUACGGAAGGCUUUGGCAACAUGAACAUUAUGGUAAACUCAAACUUGGAAAGUGGAAAUGAGAAGGAGAAGUUGUCAACAAAUGGAGAAGCUUUUAUGACUACUUUUCAUCAGACAGGAACUGAGAGCCCCAACACUGAACUGACUCGGGAACAGAUAAAAGAGCGUUUGUGGACGGAUCAUUUUGCUGAGUAUGGAAGAACUGUUUGCAUGUUUCGUACAGAAAAGAUCCGAAAGCUUGUUGCUAUGGGAAUACCCGAAUCCUUGCGAGGAGAACUGUGGCUCAUCUUCUCAGAUGCAGUAACAGACCUUGCCACUCACCCAGGGUACUACAAUGGACUGGUGGAGGAAUCAAUGGGCAGGUGCUGCAUGGUGACUGAUGAGAUAGAACGCGAUCUCCAUCGUUCGCUGCCGGAGCAUCCAGCCUUCCAGAAUGAAACUGGCAUUGCUGCUCUCAGGAGAGUACUCACUGCAUAUGCCUACAGGAACCCCAAAAUAGGAUACUGUCAGUCUAUGAAUAUCCUGACUUCAGUUUUACUUCUGUAUGCCAAAGAGGAAGAGGCAUUUUGGCUGUUGGUUGCUGUGUGUGAAAGGAUGCUGCCUGAUUACUUUAAUCAUAGGGUCCUUGGAGCCCAGGUUGACCAGUCCGUCUUUGAAGAACUAAUACAAGAGAAACUUCCUGAGCUGGCUGAGCAUAUAACGGACUUAUCCACACUGGCUUCCAUAUCUUUGUCAUGGUUUCUCACCUUAUUCAUCAGUAUUAUGCCCUUGCAGAGCGCUGUGAACGUUGUGGACUGUUUCUUCUUUGAUGGCAUUAAAGCCAUAUUCCAGAUCGGAUUGGCUGUUCUAGAUGCUACCGCCGUGGAGUUGUGCAACAGCAAAGAUGACGGGCAAGCCUUAAUGAUCUUAAGCAGAUUUUUAGAGCAUGUCAGGAACCAGGAGAGUCCCUUGCCACAGAUUGGAAACUGGCAUAGUGUGCAAAACAAUGAGCAGGAGGCCUAUCCAAUUACAGAAAUUGCAGAUUUAAUACGGGAUUCAUAUGAGAAAUUUGGCAACAAUUCUGUGGAACAGAUUGAGAGCUUACGUUGUAAGCAUAGGAUCCGUGUACUUCAAAACCAUGAGGACACUACAAAGCAGAAUGUUCUUAGAGUUGUUGCACCAGAUGUUUCAUUUCCUCAUGAAGAUUUAGAAGAUCUGUAUGACAUGUUUAAGAGAGAACAUUUCAUCUCCUGUUAUUGGGAAGAGAUGUCUUCGUCACUGACAUGCCAUGACCCCAGCAGACCCUAUGCAGAACAGUACAAAAUUGACAGUCGUCAAUUUGUGACACUGUUCAGGUUAUGUUCACCCUGGGCAUGGGGUCCACACAUAGAGGUUCUAGCUACAAGGAUGUUCCGUCUGCUAGACGAAAACCAGGACCAGCUCAUUGAGUUCAAGUCGUUUGCUUGGUGUUUAGAUAUCAUAUACAACGGUGAGAUGAAUGAAAAGAUCAAACUGUUGUACCGACUUCAUAUAUCACCAGCUCUUACAGAGAAUGAUCAUGACUGCCAGUCACCACUAAAAGGACCACUUCUGUCCACUACAAGACCACUAAAGCUUACAAAAGCAAAUGGAGAGGAAAAAGACUACAAAAAACAACUAAAGCAGAUGCUUAAAGACUUGGCCAGAGAGAAAGAUAAGAACACAGAAAAGGAAAUACCCAAAAUGAUCCAGAGAGAAUUUAUACAAUUCUGCAAAACCUUAUAUAGCCUGUUUCAUGAAGACCCAGAGGAGAAUGAGCUGUACCAAGCCAUUGCCACAGUGACAACCCUGUUACUUCAGAUUGGAGAGGUUGGGCAGCGCAGCAUUAGUAUCAGUUCAGGAAGUGCCUCAGAUGAAUAUUUUGAUUCAGAGAAUGGUGCCUGCUCCUCAGAUCAAGACUGCGUUUUCUCUGAGACUGCUAGCACUCCAUCACAUCCUACUCCAUCCCCGUUACUAAGUGAAGCAGACUGGGUGGUGUCCUUUGAACACAUACUGGCCUCUCUCCUGACAGAGCAAUCACUGGUGAAUUUUUUUGAGAAGACAUUGGAACUGAAACCAAAGUUAGAAAGUGCAAAGAGCAAUCCGUACAGCCUCAAAAUUAAUGGGGCAUGCCAGCAGCCAUCCAUGUUAUGCUGAACAAAGAGCUCUGCCUGUCUCCUGUAUUUAUAAGGCUCUGAGCAGCUAGCAUGAUGGAAACCUUUGUGCUCUCUCUUUCAGCAAUUAUUUAUGUAUGUGUGUUUGUCCUUCUCACCAAUAUGGUUCAGCAAUAUCUGACAUAAUUGCUGCCUAAAGGAGUUGUCUGCAAAAGCAACAGUCAAUUUCAGAUUCCAUUUCUCGCAGUAUCCAGAUGCCUUUGAUGUGUCAAGAAGAAGGUCUGUCCACAUGAAAAGGAACAGAGAUAAUUGGAUCUGGCGUUAAGUAGGAUGAAAAUUGCUACUGGAUUGUAGAAGAUUCCUUUAACUCCUCAGUCAUAUAAGCCAUAUAUAUGUCAGCCUAUAUGGUGACGAGUGUUGUUGUUUUUUUAAGGUUUAUUGUAUUUGCUUUAUAUGCAGUAAAAUACACUCCAAUACUCUGGAACAUUGUAUUUUAUAUUGAAAAUAGGCACAUAACACAGAUAUGGCAAUAUGGCAUUCUGUAUUGUUGGGUUACCAAAGCACACUGGACGGUUUUUAAAUCUUGUACUAAUAGUAAGUACUUUCUCCUGAUGCAUCUCUUCUAUGAAGCCUACUGUAGGUUCUCUGCUGCCCCCGCUACUUCCAGGCAACAAGCUGUCCCAUUUCAAGGAGUAUCUGGCAUGCCAAACAUUCAGGGGUAUAGCUGGGGGUUAUGUCCAAUGUUCUUUGUUUUGUAUGUGAGUUUUGUGUUUGCACUAAUAAUAAUGUUUCAAUGCUGGAAAUUGAAACUUUUAUUCUGUUUGAUUUGCAUUGGAAUUCAUGUUAAAAAUGUCAAGUUGACUUACCUUGUGCUUUUUGUGUUGGUCUGUGAGAAUCUGCACUUUUCAAUAAACAAGUUUUUAUUAUG